AGAACUUUUUGAAAAUUGAGCUUUGAUUGUAAACAAGAAAAUUUGAUUUUGAAUCCUGCUUUCUAUUUUUCUGAUAAAGAGAGAGACAAAAGCCCAGUAAGAAAAAUCGUGUUUUGAAAUAUUAUGAUAAUGGAAUACAAUCAGCUUGAAAAGGCUCCUUCUUGUCAAGAUUCUCUCAUGGUUAUCGAGUCUGAUAUUCAGCAUGCCAAUAUGUUGGCUGCUUCGAUUUCUAGAGCCAAGGGAGGUGCUUGUUUUCAAAUGAAAUUGGUCUACAAUCACCUCGCACCCAUAUUUUUGUUUCUACUGCAAUGGUUUGAUUGUUCAUGCACUUGCUCAUUUCCAACUUAUCUAAAUCUCUUCCACGUAAUUGUAUACAAGGUGCACGUUGACGGUAGACAAAAGUUUCCUUCACAUGGAAGGAAAGCAACCAUUAGACAAUUCUACGCUGUGAUAUUACCAACUCUCGAACGCCUAUGUGAUAGCUCAUUGGAUCUAUAUAUUUAUCAAGAUGAAGGUCAUGACUUUGAUAUGAUAGUGAGGAAGAAAUUAGAAAACGAUAAUAAGCAUUUCGAUGUUGAUAUGGAAAGAGAAGAUGAAUGUGGAAUUUGCUUAGAGCCCGGCACGAAGAUUGUGUUGCCAAGUUGUUGUCAUGCAAUGUGCAUCAAUUGCUACCGCGACUGGAAUAUGAGGUCGGAAUCCUGUCCAUUCUGCAGGGGUAGUCUAAAGAGAGUGAAUUCUGGGGACUUAUGGGUUCUAACAUGCGGGAGAGAUGUAGUUGAUCAAGAAACCCUCUCAGAAGAAGACAUUUUGAGGUUCUAUCUCUAUAUAAACAGCUUGCCAAAAGAUGUUCCUGACUCUCUUUUCUUAGUUUAUUAUGAGUACUUGAUCUGAUCUUAGAGAGGAUGAUGUAUAGUGAAACUGAAUGCCAACCAAUGAUUGUCAAUUAGAGUCUGGUCAGACCUUCUCUUCUUAACCUUAUUUCUCCUUUUGCUUCUCGGUGUCAGAUACCCUGCUUCUGCAUUAUAUUUGUGCAAAGAAAUGUAAAUUCUCAUUGUCAAACAAUUCAAAGUCAAUAUAAUAAUUUUCAUUCUUGGCA